AUGUUUUCUUCUCCCGUAGGGCGCUCUCCUGCUGCUAUAUCGGAUACUUCUCCACCAGAAACCCCCACAGCUGAUUCAUCACAGCAGCAGGAGCAGCAACAGCAGCAACAGCAGCAGCAGCAGCAGCAGCGGGCAGUGCUGCGCUGCGGCGACGCCUGGAGGGGCCUCUAUCGCCCUACUAUUUAUCCAGGGAGAGGGGAGUUUACAGAGAGAGACAUCAAAGAUAUUUGCUGCACCUUCUUGCUGCUGCUGUGUCGCCAAAUCAUUGCUGCUCGCAGCAGCAACAGCAACAGCAGCAGCAGCAGCAGCAGCAACGGAAAUGGCAGCAGCAGCAGCAGCAUCCUGCAGGGGAAUCUCUGCUUCGAUGGCUCUGCCUCAUCCCUUCCUGCAGCUCCCUCCCCUGUGUCCCAGCAGCAGCAGCAGCAACAACAACAACAGCAGCAGCAGGAACAGCAUGAAGAGCAACAGCAGCAGAAGAGUUUGCUGCCAGCAGAGGGAACCCUUGAAUUAUUUUUAUCUGUUGCUGCUGCUCGUGGUGCAUGCAGCCUAUCGAGGCCAAUUCCUCUAGAGGAUGCAAAUGAUGUAUUCGCCUUCCUAACUACUGUCUGGGAGACAUUAUUUCUGGAGGAGGAAUUGUUUACUGCAGCAGCAGCAACAGCAGCAGCAGCAGCAGCAGAUGAGGAGGGUAUUGAUAUUAAUCAGCCAGCAGCAAAAGCAUUUACAAGAGAUUAUAAGGCUAUAGAGGAUAGCAGCAGCAAACUUGCUGCUGCUGCUGCUGCUGCUGCUGCUGCAGUACCCCUAUCCCCACAAGAACAAAUCCUUGUGCAGAGGAGAGUGGCAAUUUGCUGCUAA